AUGAUUUGCCGGUGGAGAGGGGAACUGGUGGCGAAUAUAUACCCAGGAAACUCUACUCUACAACCCAACCCAGGAAACUCUACUCUACAACCCAACCCAGGAAACUCUACUCUACAACCCAACCCAGGAAACUCUACUCUACAACCCAACCCAGGAAACUCUACUCUACAACCCAACCCAGGAAACUCUACUCUACAACCCAACCCAGGAAACUCUACAACCCAACCCAGGAAACUCUACAACCCAACCCAGGAAACUCUACUCUACAACCCAACCCAGGAAACUCUACUCUACAACCCAACCCAGGAAACUCUACAACCCAACCCAGGAAACUCUACUCUACAACCCAACCCAGGAAACUCUACUCUACAACCCAACCCAGGAAACUCUACUCUACAACCCAACCCAGGAAACUCUACUCUACAACCCAACCCAGGAAACUCUACUCUACAACCCAACCCAGGAAACUCUACUCUACAACCCAACCACAGGAAACUCUACUCUACAACCCAACCCAGGAAACUCUAUACUCUACAAACCAACCCAGGAAACUCUACUCUACAACCCAAACCCAGGAAAACUCUACUCUACAACCCAACCAGGAAACUCUACUCUACAGUCCAACCAAGGAACUCUACUCUACAACCCAACAACCCAGGAAACUCUACUCUACAACCCACCCCAGGAAACUCUACUCUACAACCCAACCCAGGAAACUCUACAACCCAACCCAGGAAACUCUACAACCCACCCCCGGAACUCUACUACUCUACAACCCAACCCAGGAAACUCUACUCUACAUCCAACCCAGGAAACUCUACUCUACAAACCAACCCCAGAAACUCUACUCUACACCCAAACCCAGGAAACUCUACUCUACAAUCCAACCCAGGAAACUCUACUCUACAACCCAACCCAGGAAACUCUACUCUACAACCCAACCCAGGAAACUCUACAACCCAACCCAGGAAACUCUACUCUACAACCCAACCCAGGAAACUCUACAACCCAACCCAGGAAACUCUAAUCUACAACCCAGGAAACUUGGGCUUCAUGUUGCAAUGUUUGGAAGACCAAGAUUUCGGGCCCGUGUGGUUGAGUCUCCUGUCGGAGCUUCUACAGGAAUAUGCCAGAUGGGUCUUUGUUGGGAGGAGUGCCGCGGGCGACCAGCCUAUUGUUGUCGGCAGGGCAGGCCAACCGGUCUUCAAUAUUUUGAUAACGACGAGUUUCCAUUACUCUCGGGAGCCCGUUGGCGCUGGUGCUGUCAGUGAUCCUGCUACUGGUGCUGUCAGUGAUCCUGCUACUGGUGCUGUCAGUGAUCCUGCUACUGGUGCUGUCAGUGAUCCUGCUACUGGUGCUGUCAGUGAUCCUGCUACUGGUGCUGUCAGUGAUCCUGCUACUGGUGCUGUCAGUGAUCCUGCUACUGAUGCUGUCAGUGAUCCUGCUACUGAUGCUGUCAGUGAUCCUGCUACUGAUGCUGAUGGCUUUACUGCUGAAGAGGUAGAAGAGAAGGAGGAGAAGGAUGAGGAGGAGGAGGAAGAAAGACUCUUUUCCUCUCGUAUAAACAAGAGGUGGAACACCGCCGAAGGAAAGACAUGGAAUCCACAGU